AUACAUUCUGUCGCCCGAAUCACCUGCACCGCGUCUGAAGUGUAUCAGGAUUGCGUAUUAGUAAAACAAGUUGAGAACGCGAACCUUCAAGGAAAGAAGUCAUCAAGAUUGUAACAUAACUGACGUUGCUAAAUAAAUUAGCUCUUUGCUAGUCUAGGUGGUAGAUCAUUUUAGUUGUCCCAAGCUUCGAUUUCUUAAUAAAUACUGUUCUGUUCAGAAUUAACUGACCCAGCGAAUUAUGGCAUCGUCUUCUUCGAAAUAUGUUCUUGGCCUCGAUUUGGGGACAUCGUCAAUCAAAGUAGUGUUGCUUGAUUCCCAGUCCAAUACAGUGACAGAUAGCUGCAGUCUACCUACGAGAGCAGACACCAGCAGUGACGUGGGCACCCAUGGGAAAGAACAGGACCCUGAACAAAUAAUACUUACCCUGGAUCAGUGCCUGGCCGCUUUGCCCAGGGACAAGCUUCAGAACGUCACAAGUAUUGGGGUAUCUGGACAAAUGCAUGGCGUUGUGUUCUGGAACGCAAAGACAGGAUGUGAAUGGUCCAGCGCUGACACUGGUAGCAGAUUCAUACCUAAAGAUGUCAGCCACCUAAUCACCUGGCAGGACGGGCGAUGCACGAGCGAUUUUUUGUCGGCCUUGCCCAAACCACAGUCCCACCUGAGCGUGGCAACAGGCUUUGGUUGUGCCACCAUCUUCUGGUACACAAAAAACAGGCCUGAGUUCCUGGCAGGGUUCAGUGCGGCAGGGACCAUUCAUGACUAUGUGGUGUCCAUGCUGUGUGGAGCUCAGGGCUGCGUCAUGUCGGAGCAGAAUGCGGCCGGCUGGGGCUACUUUGACACCACCACCAUGCAGUGGAACACCGACAUUUUAAAAGGUGCUGGCUUUCCUGUGCACCUUUUGCCUGAUCUGGUGAAUUCUGGAUCCAUGGCUGGAGAAACCUGUUCGGAAUGGCAUGGCAUUCCAGCCCACACUCCGGUCGGAGCGGCACUGGGAGACUUCCAGUGUAGCGUCUACUCCUGUAUGACUAAUCCAGCUGAUGCAGUCCUGAACAUAAGCACGUCUGCCCAGCUGACCUAUGCCAUGCCAGCGGGCUUUGCGCCCCCAUGUGCCCCCGACCCUCUGUCCCCCGUGGCCUUUUUCCCCUAUUUCGAUGGCUCUUACCUGGCAGUGGCUGCCUCUCUCAAUGGGGGCAACGUCAUGGCAACCUUUGUGGGGAUGCUGAGUGCGUGGAUGAAGGAAUUUGGUGUGGAGGUAAGAGACUCUGAUAUCUACUCCCGGCUGAUCGAGCGCGGCCUGGACCAGCCCCACACCGACCUGCGCGUCACGCCCACCCUGCUGGGGGAGAGGCACGACUCUGCCGGGCGGGGUCUGGUCGCCAGCAUCUCGCCCUCUAACCUUUCGCUGGGUCACGUGACCAGAGCUGUGUGUCGUGGGAUCCUGGAGAACGUGGCAGCCAUGAUGCCCCCUCAGAUGCUGUUGGAGGCGGGGGUGCAGAGGAUCAUGGGUAGUGGGAGCGCGUUAUCCCGGAAUGAGGUGCUGAGGCAGGAGGUGGAGAGACUGUUCCCGCUGCCUGUGGUUUACGGGAAAGAAGUGGAUUCGGCUGUGGGCGUGGCCAUGGUUUUGAGAGACAAACAGUGAGUUGCCACGGGAAACAGGCUAUAAUGAUUACAGCUGUGCUUUUGUGGUAACGUAAUCGUACUAAUUUGCUGUGAUGUUC